CGCACCACUCCCAAAGACAAGCGAUGAACCAACUUGAGAAUGACGAGAAACUCCAACAUGAUACCCUCCCCUUUUCUGAUACCUUGCCACAUUCGGAAAAAGGAAGCUACGAUAUCAUAUCCGCAUCCUCAAAGUCACCACGAAAGCCCCCACUGAUUACUCUCGCCUGCCCCUUUUUGUAUUUGUCGACGAACAUGCGCGCACAUCUUAAUGUCCGGGAGCCGCGGGAACGGGAAGCGCAGGAAUAGGGAUUGGCGCGGGGUUGA